UUGGUGCCAGUGCUUUAUUUUUGCUUUCCUUCCUUAAGUCUCUAGCCUGUCUGUCAAAAAAGAAACAGCGCAGAGUACACAGGAAACAUUCUGACCUGCAGGUUCGACUCGGAAAAACGGGGUCAGUCAUUGACCUGAAAAAAAUGGAGCCCAUUAUUCAGGAUGACUUUAAAAUUCCAGUCUACGAGGUUCAGCAUGACCUGGAAGAAAUUUCCACAAAGAUCAAAAGGGACCUGGAGGACAAAAGGCAGCAUAGCCUGGCAGGAAAAGCUGAAAAGAUCCGACCUAUGUUGGAUGGAAAGGAUGAACAGAUCCAAAGGGACCUUGAUAAACUAGCAACCUGCACCCGACGUGACCUUGAUGAACUAGCAACCUGGAUCCGGCGUGACCUUGAGGAAACAGCUGCCAAGAUUAAGCGUGACCUAGAUGAAAUGGUGGCCUGGAUUCGACAUGACCUCAACGAAACAGCAGCCUGGAUCCGACUUGACCUGGAAAAACUGGAGUCCCAUAUUCAGCAUGACCUGGAAGUACCAGUUGACAAGAUUCAACAUGACCUGGAAGAAACUUCAAUCCAGGUCCAAUGGGACCUACAGGACUUGGUUGCUUCUAGCCUGGUAGAAAAGACUGAGCAGAUCAAACCAAAGCUGGAAAAAAAGGAUAAGCAGGUACAACUUCGAACAGCAACCUGGAUUCAGACAGAAGUAGAAACAACUGUGGCUCAUAUUCUGUAUGACCUGAAUGUACCAGCUGACCAAUCUGAACCUGAGUUGGAUGAAAUUUUAAUCCAGAUCGAAAGGGACCAGGAAUUUAAAAUGGCUGAACAGAAUAAAUGUAACCUGGAUGAAGAGUACCAACUAGAGUUGAAAGAAAAGGCAGCGCUGAUCCAAAGUGAACUGGGAAUGGAGCUCACCAGACCCCACUUUGAGCUGUUGGAAAACAUCAGAUUCCACAAUGGGAUGUCCCUGGAGAACUUCGUGUUACACAAAGUGUUGGGCAAGGGCUCAUUUGGAAAGGUCAUGCUGGCAGAAUUGAAAGGAAGUGGAGAGUACUUUGCAAUCAAAGCCCUGAAAAAGGACAACAUCCUGGCUAAUAGUCACAUACAUUUCCUCAUGGCUGAAAAGAGAGUGCUGAAAUUAACCGCAGAUUGCCCUUUCCUCGCCCAUUUGUAUUUUACAUUCCAAACAAAGGCUAACUUAUUCUUUGUGAUGGAGUAUAUAAAUGGGGGAGACCUGUUCUUCCACAUACUAGAGAAGGGACAGUUUGACCUAGUCAGCACACAAUUUUAUGCUGCAGAGAUGACAUGUGGACUUCAGUUCCUCCACAGAAAUGGAAUCAUAUAUCGUGAUCUGAAACUGGAAAAUGUCAUGUUGGAUAGAGAUGGGCACAUCAAAAUUGUGGACUUUGGGCUUUGUAAAGACAACAUGUUUGGGGAUGAGCGUACCAAAAGCUUCUGUGGAACAGACAAUUAUAUUGCACCAGAGAUAUUUCAGGAACAACAGUACUUUUCCCCUGCUGACUGGUGGUCAUUUGGAGUCCUUCUCUUUGAAAUGUUGACUGGUGAGAGUCCCUUUCAAGGAGCUGAUAGAGUUGAGGUCCACAUUUCUGUCUGCAUGGAUAUUCCUCCGUAUCCCAGCUGGAUCAACCAGGAGUCAAAGGACAUUCUGGAAAAGCUAUUGGAGAAAGACCCCAACCGCAGGCUGGGCACAUUCGGGAACAUUAGGGAACACCCCUUCUUUGAGUCCAUCGAUUGGCCUAGGCUUGAAAGGAGAGAGGUGGAGCCCCCAUUCAAGCCUAAACUGGUGAAUCGCAAUGAUUGCAGGUAUUUUGACGAGGUGUUCCUGAAUCAGACACCUAAGAUGUCCCAGGGUGACUGCAGCUACUUUGUCCCCAUGGAUCAAUCUGCAUUUUCAGACUUCUCAUUUAUUAAUCCAAUGUUUUGCAGAACAUAUUGAAUCAUUUAUGUGCUAUUUGUGCUUCUAGAUUGUUUAUUUACUGUAUUUACUUGUAAUAAAUCUUAAAUUAAUACCUAAAAUUUGUUGUCACUCUUAUCUGUCACAUUAACAUUAUCUGGAUGUUGCAUAAAUCCAUUCAGCCAAGAUUCAGAUAAUUUCGUGCUUGGUUA